AUGCAUCUAUUUUUCAUCCGACAUGGAGAGACAGAGCAUAAUGUUGCUGGGCUUCUUGCAGGGGUCUCUGACUCCAGGUUGACCAACCAUGGUGUCCUGCAGACCCAACGACUGGGUCAUUAUCUCACCACUCACCGUAACUUGAGGUUUACCAAAAUCUACGCCUCGGAUCUUCAACGAGCUUUCAUGACCGCUGAAGAGCUUCACAGAAACCAAGCCGCAAAGCUCUCCGCCGAAGUUGUCCCCAAAGUCGUGAAACUCGAACUGCUUCGUGAGCAGGACUUUGGCUCAUUGGAGCUCGUUCCAUGGAACUCGAGGAGAGUGCUGCAGCAUCUCGACCCCGGGGUACUUUACCCCCAACAUGAAUCUUUUCGCCCUCAAGAGACGACCGAGACUAUGGUGAGAAGGGCGGAAUCGUUUCUGGACGACUUCAUCCUCCCACACUUUGCCCGUGGUGCAUUGGAUGCCACAACGGCAACGCAGGAAUGCGUUGCGGUCGUUUCUCAUGGCCUCUUUCUAUCUGUGCUGUGGCGGACACUGCUGAGAAAAUUUAACAGCAACACUGUUGCGCUAGCGCCGAAGGUCGAGGCUUGGGGUGUCCGCUCCUUGGAACACCUGCCAUCGUGGACCAACACCGGAUUUUUGGAACUUACAAUCGAGAGACCCUCGUCCGAACUUGCCCAUCAAUCUCAGAUGGCACAGCCUUUGGCAUCGACGGACAUCCCUUCAUACCCGCUCAAGGGAUGUUCCAUGACCAUUCACGGCAUUAACAGUAAAGAUCACCUCCAAGAUCUGAAGCGUACAAGAGGCGGGCUGGGAUCGUCUCCCUAUGAUGCAAAGCAACAGACUCUGGAUGGCUUCUUCAAGCGACCUUCAGGUGGCCGCGGCUCUAUCACAUGA